AUGUCUCUCACUUUCAUUGAAGAUACUCAACAAGCGAUUCGGGACAUGGAAAGUCAGCUUCCGGAUCAUAUGUCUACCACUUCAGAAGAAGCCUCAGAGGACGAGGCGGAUGAUUCUAUCUUUGAGGAUGUAACCCUCGGCGCCAAUGAGGUAGCAGGGAGCGAGAUCAACCGCACUCCAUUCAGGCCGUCAUCUGGGAAUGUUCAAGUCGAACCACAUCUUGACGGUGCUCAAGACCAGGAACAGCCGAGCAUACACAAGUAUAUCAAUGAGGCCGCCAUCCAGAAGAAGGUCCAACUCCCAUCAUCGCAGCAUUCGGCCGUCUCUGUGAAUUCAGCAGACAAGGAGACGAGCGAAGUAGGACAUCUAGAAGCCCCAGCGCAUCGUGUCGAUUUCCAUACUCUCCCGUCUGUAGUCUGUCCGCCUGCUCCAGAGGUCACCGUGAUGUCGCCAGGCACGUUGCCCUCCCAGAUCACACCUUACCUCCAAAAGCUGAAGCAACAAAACCCAGGACGCUUCAAACCGAAGCCGGCGUCUAGGGCGUUAGAAGUGGACGAGCGAGGGCAUUGGCGUGUGGACUGCAGAUUAUGGCCAAAACAUGUGCAGCAACAGUUCUGGAUCUUCCUCCAAAAGGACAUUGAAAGUGGCAGGCUUGGGUGGGGCAUAACUCUCCAUCGGGAUGCUGUGAGGAUGAGGCUAGGACUAGUAAGACUGUACUGUUGGGGAGAGCUUGUUGAGCAUGUAUGGCUGGCUUUAUGGUUGCACUCGGGUGGGAGGGUUUGGAGUACGGGGGCUGUAUGGCUGGAUGCCGAAGAGCUCGAGGUCAUCAGCAUCCCUUGA